AGACUGCAUAAAGGGGAAAAGAAGCUGGGAGAGCAAGAGUUCCAGCAGAAGCUGUUCAGGGAGUACAUGCAUUGCCCGAAGGCUGGCUGCACGGUAUGUCCCUCUAAAGGUCCCUAUGCAUGGGCAGCAUGUACCAGCUGCUCAACACAGUGCUUUGGUAAGACGCAAGACAAUGUUUAUGAGACUCUCUUCUGGGUCAUGCCCCUGGUCCUCAGCCCUUACCUGUGAUGGGAAGAAAGGGACAGGAAUCCACACAAUCCCUGCUUUCUUUUUGUACUGCUUUUUAGUAACUAGCUCCCAGUUGCUGGAGCGUUCUGCUUGUCUCUCCUCUGGGGCUGUUUGCACAGCAUGCUUUUUACGGCGCUCCUGCACCUUUUCUGUUUUAAUAAAUGUAUUUUACAGAAUUUCUUAGUCUGAGAAAUAACUAAAGAAUUUUAAAGCAACUUCAGAACUGCUGUGCUGAAGCAUAGUUGCCCCUCUGCCUCAGUGUAGGACAGUACCCCUCACUUAAAGUAUGUCCUGGCAUGAGCAUUACCUUUGUUUAAACCUACCACUGCUACAUAGUGGAAUCUUCUUCCCAAAUAUGGGUUGAAAGUGUUCUCUUUCUUCUGUUCUGUAGAGAUGCAGUUGCUUUUUCCAAGUCUCAGAUAGUCAAGCUGAAGACAGCAGCCUAGUUCUAAGCCUUGCUUUGUCUGAUUCAUUAAGUAGCUUGUCCCUUAAGUAGCCUGGGGAACUACUUCAGAUGGAUUGGUCAUUGUUAUUGUAUUAAUGAAAAUAUAAUCACUAGAGAUUAGAGUCCCAGUUAAGCUUUUCCAGUGGUGUUACCUGAUUUUUCCUUAUAGUGGCAGUGAAUAUCUGUGUGAGUACCUUCUUUUGGGCCAUGUGAAAAGAACAGCUUUUGAUUUGAAUAGUUUGUAACAUGAAAUUAUAUUCAGGUGACAAUGAAUCAUGUCUUGAUUUUGAAGUGCGUCCUAGAAAAUGUUGGCCUUUUCAGGAAAAGACAGGAUUUGGAACAGCUCACAACUCUUCAGAGCUCUAGGAAGCCUCCUACAAAAUGUUGAGAAGCAGUUAUCUACAAAUGGUGUUCCAGGAGCUGUUGGGUAGGUCCCCAGAAGGCUGUGUGCUCAGGAUGUGUGGGCAAGCGGGAGUACCCAGGCUCAAACAGGAUGUCAGGCAGAAAGACAUUACACUGCUUAUGCUGGUGCAAUGUAAAUUCUCUGAGGGGUAAUGUGAGAAGAUUUUUUUGCCUGGGAAGUCUAGACAUGAAGCCCCUGCUGCAUGCUUUGGCCCCUGUGCAGAGUGUGUUUGAAAAUUUAACCUCAUGGAAAAUGUUGAUUACAGUUUUAAGAUUUUGUAUUGAUGUUGCUCUCUUUAUUUUAAUUUGUUUUUAAGCUGCUUUCUACAAACUGUUUACUUACCUAUAUGUGCUUUGUUGUGCCAAAGAACAGAUUCCCCAUAAAACACUUUUCAGCUGAUAGAUGUUAUUAAUUUAAUACUACACAAACCAUUAAAAAAAUCCCAAUUCUUCUCUCUGUAAAAAAGCUUUCACUGAGUUGAUGCAUAUGCCAUCAUCAUUCCCAUUCACAUGCAAGUCAAAACAGACAUUGAACGCAUCACGUGUUUUUUGCCCUUGGUUCUGUGCUUGGGAAAGCACCAAAAACAUGUGCUUUGCAGUCCAUUGUGAUCUGCAGCAACUGUAGCUGUGGCUGCAUUAUUGCAAUCCCGUAGAAAGUAGUGCUGGCUUGCAGGUGUAGAGACACACAUAUGAACACACAAAUCUCUGUGUCUCUGCCCCACAAAGGUCCAAGCACUUCAGAGUUUGUUGGUACACAGGUAAAUGUUCAGUGUUAAUGUGUACUGUAGUCCUACAGAAAGACGCUGAGCCCUACUGAGAGCUAAAGAACAAAUACACAGCAAGACAUUCUUUUUAUUCCAAAUACAGAUGUAAAUAUCACAAGGAAGGAGGAUAGCACGGGACAAGAAUAGAUGCUUAUUUGAGGAGGUAUUAGCAUUUGUUUGAAAAUAAACCCCAGGUCUCCAAACUUCCAUCCUGCUGAUUCUGACACUGCUCUUCAUCUCCAGAUGAUAAUUGUGUACACUUGGCAGCAUACCGACAUGUUUAGUGUAUGGUCUGGUUGGAAGUAAAUUAAUUUGCUUUGGAAAUGGCACUUUGUACCUUGUAGUUGUUUUCAUAGGACAUCUUUAUUGUGUUUUAAUCUUAUGUUUGCAUGCUUAUAACUGAGUACUUUGUUUAUGUUUAAUAUAAGAAUUAGUGGCAUCCAGGAAACAAUAAUGGGUUUACUCUUUGUGAUUUGUGGUGCUUACUGUUUUAGUUUAACUGCUCUGUCUGUCUGUGAAACAGGUUGCCACUGAGAAAUUUUAAUUUAACAGACGUGGGACUUAAAGGCUCUUAUUUUAUUAACAAAAUGAGGGUGAGAGAGAGGACAAAGACUGAAUUUUAUAGUGGUGUUAAGUGUAUCAGUGAUAAACCAUAAACCUGUUCCAUCUUUGUCAAUUUGGGAUCCAUAACCAUGAUGUGGAGUUGUUAUUUAUUUUGUGCGAGACUUUUUGCUCAGUCUGUCAUAGCUUGUAUUUUCACAUGGCAGAAUGGAAGAAUUCCAUAGCUUUACCUUUCUGAUCUGAAAUGUGUGAAAUUUCAAAGGCUAUGUUUCAUGAUAUGAGUUUCAGAAUGUAGACUUGACGUUUAUGGAACAAGUAGAAAUCUGGGAAGAUAUUGCUUAAUGCAACCAAGUGUUACAUGUCUUUGUUGUUAAUAACUUAAUUUUUAACAUUCUUAGCGUGUCACGCAUUUAAGCUCAAAUGAAAGUGGUUUUCUGCAUUAAUGGUUUAUCUGUGUGCUGCAUUUUUUCAUUCUGAGUUGAAAAGAUGUGGGAAAGAAAAAUAACAAAAAAAAAAUUAAUGAGCAGCGGUAAAAUCAGAGCACAGAGGUUGACAUUUUGCUUCUGGUGCUCUUUUGGGGAGGUAUUUUGCCCCCAUCUCCAGUUAUCUUUUGGUUUAUAUUGUUUCCUUUUAUUCUUACUUGAAAGAUGGCUUUAUGAGUUUCUAAUGAAGACAGUCAACCAUUUUGUUACAUGGGUGAAGAAGCCUUUCCUGUGUUAAGAUCAACUAAACAUGACAUUAUUGUUAUUAAGAGCAUAUAAUGGCAUUCAUGAAACCUCCAAAAUACUGCCAUACUCCAGUAGGGAUAGAAACUCCCUGAAAAAAAAAAGGAACCUUGCUCUUGUCACCUCUUUAUUAAAAAAAAAAAACCAAACAACUCUUGGAAUUAGAAGUUCACUGUUAAUUUCAUGGUGUUUUUCUUUUGCCAUCUAUCUUCAGAGUUUAUGUUUUCUUAAUUAUCAUCUUUUUAUUUUAUUUUGAGUUCUUUGGAUGAAAAUGGAUUGAUAGUUUACUUAAAGAUUUUGGCAAUAAAAAUAACUUCAUUAAACCAAAUAAUUAUGCCAAGCACUGUAUAAUGACCAUGGCAGUGUUAUUCAACAGAUGGUCACAGGUUCAUUUUUAUGAAUGGGAAUAUUGGGAAUUCUCCAUAUUCAUUAUGUGCAAGAGAUUCACAGAUGUCCUUUGCAAAUCUGCUUGUGAAAGGCUGGAUGCUUUAAGACAACAGCAGAAAAGAAGAAAUGGAGUCUCAAUGAUGGUAAACAAGACUGUUCCUCGUGUUGUUUUGACACCAUUAAAGGUGUCCGAUGAGCAGUCGGAUUCACCUUCAGGAUCUGAAUCUAAAAAUGGUGAAGCAGAUGGUUCUGAUAAAGAGAUGAAACAUGGGCAAAAGUCUCCAACUGGAAAGCAGACAAGCCAGCACUUAAAGAGGUUAAAAAAAUCUGGUUUAGGACAUUUGAAAUGGACCAAAGCUGAGGAUAUUGACAUAGAAACUCCGGGAUCUAUUCUAGUGAACACUAACCUGAGGGCUUUAAUAAAUAAACACACCUUUGCUUCUUUACCUCAGCAUUUUCAACAAUACCUCCUGCUUUUGCUUCCAGAAGUAGACAGGCAGAUGGGAAGCGAUGGAGUUUUGCGCCUCAGUAACUCUGCUCUAAAUAAUGAGUUCUUCGCAUAUGCAGCACAAGGGUGGAAACAGCGAUUGGCAGAAGGAGAAUUUACACCAGAAAUGCAGUUGCGCAUCAGACAAGAGAUUGAAAAGGAAAAGAAAACAGAACCUUGGAAAGAAAAAUUCUUUGAAAGGUUUUAUGGUGAAAAGCUGGGAAUGUCAAGAGCAGAAUCAAUGAAGCUCACUGCAGUGCAGAACAAUGAUGAAGAUGAAAGCAAUUCUUUGUGCAGAUCUUCUGGCACACCUGGUCCUUCUAAGCAAGCAACUUUUAAGGAUCAAGAGGAGAAAGGUGCUAAAAUUCCACCUGUACCAGAGAGAGAUUAUAGUCCAUCUCAUUGUAGUAUGGAACAGGUUCCUGUCAAGGAUCUAACGGCAGAUUCUGAGGAUAUACUGAUACCUGAGGAAUCAGUCAUUCAGGAGGAAAUUGCUGAAGAGGUUGAGACAAGUAUUUGUGAAUGCCAAGAGGAGAACCAUAAGCCAGAACGUGAGUUUUCUGAGGAGUCUGUAAGUUCAGCUGGCACAAAUGAGGAAACAGAGGCAGUACAGCUUGCAGACAGCACUGAGUCUUGUGUCAUGAUGAAUGAUGUAACUGAUACUGUAUCUCACAUUGAAAUUAAAGUGGAGUUGAAGUCAGAAUGCCCUCAGGAGGAGAUGUCAGUUGUGAUAGAUCAGCUGGAGGAUUGCAUAUCACCAGCAAGAUCAGCUUCAUCCACAAACUCUGUCAGCAGUACAGUUGAGAAGGAUUCUGAGUCUGCAAAAGAGCUAAUUGUGCCAGAAAUGCAAAGUGCUGCUCUGGAAGGCUCCUUGUUCACUGGUGGAGGCAUUGCAGUGGAUAUGGAGCUUCAUAGCGACCCUGAGGAACAGUUGUCUGAGAAUGCUUGUAUUUCUGAAACUUCCUUUUCUUCUGGAAGCCCAGAAGUUUGUAUUGCCUCUCCUGGAGGAGACACUCAGUCGACUUCAGAGGAACCCUGUACUCCAGCAUCUCUUGAAACAGCUUGCUCAUCUGAAGUGUCCAGUUCUGAAAACAUUGAAGGUGAUAUUCAGCAAAAGGCCAAUGAUGAAAACUUGCACACACCCUUAAUGUCGGAAAUCUCUCCGAUGUCCACCUCACCUGUAACCUCAGAAGCAUCUCUGUUGUCAAAUUUACCUUUAACAUCAGAGGCAUCACCAGCUUCUAAUUUACCUUUAACAUCAGAAACAUCUCCAAUGUCUGAUUUGCCUUUAGCAUCAGAAACAUCUUCAGUAUCUUCUGUUCUUCUAACUUCUGAAACAUUUGUGACAAGUAGUUUGCCUCUUCCAUCAGAGAUAUCUCCAGUUUCUAAUUCCCCAAGCAGUGAAAGACUUAGUCUGCAACAAAGGAAAUCACCACGUUUGUUGGAAGACUCCCUUCCCACUCUGAAAGAAGAAAGCCCUGUCAUUCCUAAGGUGGUUCAAGAAGAGAAUCUUACUCAGCCAAAACAACUUCAGAGUGCCCCUGAAAAUAUGAAAGUUGGUCCAUUAACAAUUAUACCUGAUACUUCAGUAUUGGAAGAGUCCCAAAGCAAAAACCUCAGUCAUCAGCUAUGUAAGUCACAUUCUGAAAUUGAGAAAUCCUGCAUUGCAUCCAUCCCAGAACACACUCCUCCAGAGGUGAUCAAAAAUAAAAAUCACAGUGUUCAGCAAAGAGGUGACAAGAAAGGUGCACUCUUGCCCUCAGAGGUAUCUGUCUUAUCAGAAGGAUCACUUGGCAAAAAUAUCGAGUUGCUUCCAUCAAAGGCACAUGAUAAACUAUAUACCUCAUCGCUAGAGAAAGCUACAUUCUCUGAAGUGUGCAGAAGUAAAUCUCACAAGCUAACAGGCAGCACCCAAAGUCGUCUAGAGAGUUCACAUUCUUCCAAGUCUUUAGAACCCACAAAAUCACCGGAAGCAAGAAAUGAAAGUAGAGACCCAGAGAUCCCAAAGAGGAAAACAGCAGAACAGCAUGGGUUUGGAAUCUGUAAAGAGAAGAGAGCUAGAAUAGAUGAUGAUCAGCCUAACCGUAGUGUUUCAUCAAUGAGUCCAUCUGAUAAGGAACAGCCACCCAGAGAGGAACCCCGAGUUCCACCCCUUAAGAUUCAGCUUUCAAAAAUUGGACCACCUUUUAUCAUCAAGAGCCAACCUGUUUCAAAACCAGAACCUCGAGUUUCCCCAAGUACAUCAGUCAGCAGUGGGAGAAACACUGGGGCUAGAACUCUGGCAGAUAUCAAAGCAAGAGCUCAGCAAGCAAGAGCCCAAAGAGAAGCUGCAGCUGCAGCAGCCGUGGCAGCAGCUGCGAGCAUAGUCUCUGGAGCAAUGGGGACCCCAUGCGAAGGUGGAAAGACAAGAACGCUGGCACACAUCAAGGAGCAAACAAAGGCCAAGCUAUUUGCAAAGCAUCAAGCCAGAGCUCAUUUACUCCAGACUAAUAAAGAAUCAAAGUCACAGUUCAGCUCAAAGGAAAGUAGUACCUCAUCUCUGGAGAUACCAACGACUACUGACACAAAGAUUGAAGGUUCUACUGGUGUCAUUAUAGUUAAUCCUAACUGCAGGUCCCCUAGCAACAAGUCUUCUCAUCACCGUGAGACCACCACUUUAUUGCAGCAGUCCCUUAACACAGCAACAUUACCAGAAACUGCUACUGAGAUAUCUGUGCACAGUUCUGAUGAAAAUAUACCUGUGCCACAAUUGUGUGAGAAAAUCAUUUCAUCUACCUCUACUGAAAGUAACAGUGUGCCAGUGCUUUAUAAUAAAAGUUCAGUCUCUGUGUGUGUUUGCAGCACUGCUAUGUCUGGAGCAAUUAAAGAACUUUCUUUUGCAAGUUCUGUUGAUAAAUCCUCUGUGUUAAUGUCUGUUGACAGCGCAAACACAGCAAUUUCAGCCUGUAAUAUAAAUAUGCUGAAAACCAUCCAAGGGGCUGAUACUCCCUGCAUAACUGUUGGACCAAAAUGUAUUGAUAACAGUAAUGUACCAGUCUCCAUAGACAACACAGUCUUAUCAAAUGCCAUUGAUGACAAAAGGUUGCCACUACCCAGUAGCAAUGUGAAUAAUGCAGUCUCCAGUCAUUAUGCCACUGUGCCAGCUUCAUCUAUUGCAAGUAACUUGCCAAAUCAUCUCUCUGGUAGUUCUGUAUUGAUUCCCCCAGUGGGGACUACCAACAGAUUUCCUUCUGAUAAGAUAGCCAUAACCGGGUGUAGCGAGCAGAGCGCUGUCUCCAUCCACACGACCGCCAGGUCAGCUUUAAGUUGCAGUGAGGCGCUUGCAGCAGCAGAUUCUGUUGCAAGGCCACCCAUUUCAAUGUUUACUGGUAACAUGGUGACAAUAAGCUCUUAUGAUAACGCUGCUAAACUGAAUGCUGAUCUCUUAGAAAAAAGCUCUGGAACACGAAACCGGAUGGAUCUCUCUGGUAAAUCUCAGCCACUGAGCUUCACGCAAACUGCCAUGAAUAGGUCUAUACCUUGUAAAGUCAUUGUUGACCACACCACGAACCAGAAUUCCAGUCUGUCACUUUCUUCCUCUAUUGAAAACACAGAGAACAGCAUUGACCUGCAGAGCAGACCUGUAAGGACAGAAGCUGCCUUACAAAGUAUAGCCUGUCCUCAGGUGUCUGUCAUAAGCAGGCCUGAAGUGGUCACUAAUGAAAACCUUGAGCACAGUUCCAGCUUUAUCACCAUUACAGCAAAGCAAGACAGCAAAAGCUUGCAGGCAGGGUGUUCAAGUCUUCGAGAAGUGCCUCUUGCUCCUCAAGAUAAGUUAAUUGAGGUGGUUACUACCAGCCAAGGCUUUGCUGAGCAACUAAGAGGCCCUUCAGCACUGAAAAAUGAAGCCAAUGCGGCCUGUGCCAGUCAGUACAACACUAACAAUAGAAUUUGUUGGCGUGAUGAGGAGGCAAUGAACACAGACCAGCCAGUGGUCAGCCAUCUUACCCCUGGUAAGCAUAAGGAAUACGCAGAGCAAGGCUGCUUGAAAAAUGUCAAAAGCGAACCUUCCAGUUACACACAAAUGCCAGAACUGCAAUCCAGGAGUCUUUUGACAAGCAUUGCUGUUCCUGUUAAAUCGGAAACUAAUGAGUCUGACAAGUGCUUCAGGAUGGACACCGAGGAUUUUACAGGACCUGAAAUGCCUGUCCAGACUGCAGAAAUAGCCACGAGUGUGCAGCCACCACAGACCUCCAAGACAUCCAUCGCGGACUCCAUGGAAGACUCCCUGUCCCUAGCAACAGAAACCCUAAAGAGAGUUACAAGUGCUGGGGGCUCUAGCUGUCGCUUGUCGUCAGUAGAGGCCAACAAUCCUUUAGUGACACAGUUACUGCAAGGCAAUCUGCCUUUAGAAAAAGUGCUGCCGCAGCCCAGAUCAGGAGCCAAACUAGAAAUUAACAGGCUUCCUUUGCCUUUGCAAACUACCUCAGUAUGUAAAACAGCAGUGGCCGAGAGAAAUAUUGUUGAACAUGCUUCCAACUCUCCUAAUCCAGAUGGUAAAGGAUUUACAGCAGGCAGCAUAGCCCCGCUACAAAUCAGAAAGCGUGAAAACCAUCCGAAAAAGAGGAUGGCCAGGACUAUAGGGGAACAUGCUCAAAUUAAAUGUGAGCCUGGGAAGGUGUCAAUGGACACAGAUGUUAAAGUGGCUCCUUGUGUAAUUAGUUCCAGCAUGAAUCAGCUAGGGCACGGACAGCCGUUUAAGCAGGAGUGGCUUAACAAACAUGCCAUUCAGAGCCGGAUCGCUCACAGUCCGGAGAUCAAGCAGCAGAAGAGACCAUUGCCUUCAUGCAGUUUCCAGCAGAGCUUAUUUCACAUUGAUAAAAAUGGCAGCUUUCACGCAGAAGCCAGUACCUCACAUAGACAGCAUUUUUACCAAAUGUCCAUGGCUGCAAGAGGCCCCAUUCCUACGGCAGCUUUGUUGCAAACUACUUCAAAAGGCCCACCUGGCUGCAACACAUUUGCUUUUAGCAGACACCUGGAACAGAAGGGUUUGGGAGAUGUGAAUAUUUCUACAGCAGCUCACCAGCUGAGGCUAGGAAGUGUGUUUUCCCCUAAUAUUCAAAUUAAGGAAGGUGAUGACAUUGCCAGUGCCUCUCAAACUCUGCAGAGUAAAACAUUAGUGCAUCCCCCUGCUCCCCCUCCACCCCUGCCACCUCCUCCCCCUCCUCACCCAAAUGCAGAAGUCCCCUCUGAUCAAAAACAACCGACAGUUACUAUGGAAACCACUAAAAGACUUAGUUGGCCUCAGCCAGCAAGCAUCUGUAGCAAUAUAAAAUCUGAACCUAUUUCUUUUGAGGAAGGUUUAAGCAGCAGCUGCGAACUGGGCAUGAAACAAGCUUCCUAUGAUCAGAACGAAGUGAAAGAACAGUUAAAAGCGUUUGCAUUAAAAAAUGCAGAUUUCUCUUCCUAUUUACUUUCUGAGCCACAGAAGCCUUUUACCCAACUUGCUGCUCAGAAAAUACAGACGCAGCACCCACAGCAGCAGCAGCAGCAGCUCUGUGGAAAUUAUCCAACAAUACACUUUGGUAGCACAAGUUUCAAAAGGGCAGCAUCUGCAAUUGAGAAAUCGAUUGGGAUUUUAGGAAGUGGUUCAAACACUGCCACAGGCCUGUCUAACCAGAAUGCACAGAUCCCGGUUCAGAAAUUUGCUGACAGCAGCAAUGCCGAUGAACUGGAAUUGAAAUGCUCUUGCAGGCUGAAAGCCAUGAUUGUGUGCAAAGGCUGUGGAGCCUUCUGUCAUGAUGACUGCAUAGGGCCUUCCAAACUGUGUGUAGCUUGUCUGGUGGUGCGGUAGGAGCUGAAGCAAAGAUGCAGUAUCCCUUAUCAACGUGGGAGAGCAGACAAAGGAACAGUGAAAUUGGAACAGUUUAGGCCACUAAUGGUUUGCAAUUAGUGGAUUGAUUUUUAUUUUUUUUAACUGUUUGGCUUUUUUUUCUUCUACGUGGUGCUUUCAGAACUUAGUUAUUCCUGCCUGAGUGCCAUUUUCUGGGAAGAAGAGGAAACCUGUAGAAGUAGUUUAAAACAAAGAUAGCCUUGUUACUGAAGCAUCUAUGAGCUCUCUUGCUGUGCUAAAAAAAAAAAAGAAAAGAAAAAUGCAUUAAUGCAUGUCAUUGUAGCUUCUAUUUAUUUGCACAAAGUGCAGCACAUUUUUUCUCCACUUUUUGAUAGCUGAUACGAGCUGCAAGUUAAAGAUCAGUGGAAGAAUAGCACUGUAAGAAGUGGAGUAACUAUGCAGAAUGAAUAACACACUGAAUAGCAACUGGUGUGAGUGGGGUAGUGGCGAGGUGGGGGUGCCGACCAUCGUAGCUUCGAAGUCAGUUUGCAGUUUUUCUGCAGAAAAGAUUUUCUCUUCAAUUGACUUUCACUAUCUAGGUCUGAAAUACAGUCACUUCACCUAACAAAAGAAAUCUGAAAGAGGAAUUUAGAUUGUUAGAGAGGUUUCCUUAUGUGCCUGCCAGGGACUGUGGAACUCAAAUCUUACUCAUCAUCUCUUCUUUGUUGAUUCCUUAAGAAAGGUUUGUACAUGUGAUGAAUUAGCGGGACCAACACUGGAAACACAUUGGCUUCAGUAGAGUCUGGAGAAAGUAACUUCUCUGCUGGAGAUUAUAGAUCUCUUUUUUUCUUCCUAUUUCUCAUUCAAAUGGUCUUUAUUUGUAUUUGUCUCUCUAACGUGUCCACUAGGUUUGUCAGUCCCAAAUAUAUAUAAAAAUAAGGUCAGACUUAGGUCAUCGGUUCUCGAGGUUGUAGCCUUUCUGUGGCCUAAAAAUGAUGUGUUCUUCUGAUGAAUGAAUGAGAAAAGAUUUUAAUUGCAUAUUGGUUGAAUGUUGGAUUAUAAUUUCUUUUUCCUCUUAUGUGACUUACUCUAUUUAAGUAACAUCUCAGAGUUUUGCCAUUUAAAGUAAUUCUUAGAAGUACAUACAGCACUGACUUUUUUUUUUCUUAAAGGAAGUCAGACCCCUUUUAGAAAUUUGUAAGCAAAAUGUAUUUUUAAAAGGGAUACUGCAUCUUUAAAGUAACCUUCAGUAUUUAUCCAGUACUGUAUUUACAUUCAGGACUAUAGCUGCAUUCCAGAUGUGCUAGCCACCAUAACAGCAGAAAAGAAAAACGGUGAUGUUGGAGUCCUAUUCACCUAAAAGGAAAAUAUUAUAAAGGAAUAAAGCACAUGCAGUUGCUGGGGAGAUGAAAACACCUUGGGUUAUUUUUUACUCCCACUUCAAGAACACAAAAUGUGGAGUUCAAGUCAUCCAUCUGCCAGUAUGUGGUUGGGUCUGCCCAAAUGUCAGAGUCAAGAGAAAUGGGUUUUUUUACCAUCACAGUAGAACCUCACUAAUCCAAAGACCUUACAGCCUGCCCAAGAAAACUGAUUUUCCUUGCACAGUUUUAAGAGAGCAGUGUAGUAAGAAUGUGUGAGAUGUAAGAGAGCUUGGUUUCAUCGUGCAGUGAACUGUUGCAUUCUGAAGUACUAAUGUGAAUGAUAGAGCUAUGUUUAGGAAGUGGAAAGUAUGCUGUAUUUUAGAGUAUACUUUUUUUAUCUGAUCUUUUUUGUGUACUUUUCAUCAGCUGUAACCGGUCUCCCUGACUCGGGGGCAUAUUAGUGAGGUUCUGCUGAAUGAAGGAAUCACAUCUAUUUUCUUGCGGGACCAUGUUCACGAACAUGAUAAAUGCCAUUUAUUGUCUUAAAAGUGAGCUGGAAUAUCUACAACAUACAUUCCUGUCAUAGGAAGCUCUAUGGUGCACCUUGAUGUUCUCUUUUAUUGUAAUUAGCAACAUAUCAAUAUUAUUUUUGACACUGUGUGGUACAAAGGCCAUUUGUAAUAAUGAACAAAUUUGUUGCUGAUACAAUAAUCCUUUUUUUUUUUCUGUACAAAAGUGCUCCUUAAUAUGACGUGAACUAAGGAAUGGCUUCUCAGCACUUUCAGGUCUUCUGGUAGGAAAAUAAGCCACACAAGCAAAAAACUAAAAGUAACCAAGUGAAAAUUAGCAUCCACUGCUAUGCCAGCUGCUGACGAAACAGCGCCUGGGCAAUACUAAUGAGUAAGUGUGAGUGUAGUCAGUCAGUGCGUAUCAGAUUCAUAUUUGAGGAGCCUUUGUAUUGGAAUUGUAUUGCAUUGUAUUUAUACUUUGUAGAGCUAGGAUACUUCUAUUUAAAAAAAAGAAAAAGAGAGCAACCAGUCUUAGACUUCUAUUUACCUAUGUUUAUAUAAGCCUGCUGGGAAUCCUUAUUUCUAGCUCAGGUUUUCCUGUCCACAGCACAUAAGUCAAUAUUUGUUUGUAUUUGCAUCUUGAAAUAGGUCUUGUAUUGACUGACAUAAUACAGAAAUAAAUUCUGGCCACAACAUAGUUUUACUUUGUUCAAAGGGUAAGAGUGUGACUAAUGUGGUAGGUCACUCAUUUGUGUCAUGUCGUCAUUUUUGUAUCAGGAUUGCAACUUGCAUGUGUGAGAUCACGAUAAAAUGUAUUUAAAAUGGCAUUAGACUGGAUGGUGCUAUGUUACAUUACACAACUGACCAAACUCUUCCAUAGUGCAGUUCCACUCCUUUCAGUUUUGAGUCAUUGGAGUUGCACCAGGAAUAAAUUUGAGCAUUAGUUAGACACAGUGGUGAAGUGUUUUUACAGAUUAGGUUUAGGGUAUGAAAAUACUCAAAAGCAACCGCAGUGAUGUGAGAGCCUGAUUGAAUCCUAGUGUGACUGAAAACCUUACUUGGAUUUUGGUAUCACACAAAUGCUUAGGGGAGAGCGACUCUAGGCCCUUGGUAAGAACCCAGUCACAUUUAGAAGUUAAUUUUGAAUGAUUCCUUUUUUUGUUGUUGUUUGAUUGUUCCGGUUUCAGGCUCAAUGUCAUUGUGUUUUCUAAUGACCAUGCAGUUUGCACCGUGGGGUGUUAAUAGUUUAUGCACUGAAAAGUGGUGAAAGAAUUACUUAAGAACACACUGCUCUGUGUUUGUGUGUACGUACGUAUGUGUCCCAGUGUCCAGCAUGUAUAAUUUACCUUUUUUUAUUUUUUUUUGAAUCUCCAAAAUUGUCCCCCUACUCCUACCCCUGGAGCAGCACUUUUGGGUGAGAGGGAGAAACGCUUUUUUCUUUCCUCCCUCUAUUGUUUUAAUUGCAUACCUGUGAGAUAUGCAGAUAAUGUUAGGGCAUUUGCAGUGAGUGUGUUUGUGUGUUUCUGUUCUGAAAUAAUUUUCCAAGCAGAAACUCCCUUUGAAAUAAUGUUAAAAAAAAUAAUUAAGAAAUGGUGAACUGGAUGCUCCCUGUUUGCAUUUUAUUUAUCUGCUGAGAUCUAGUACAUGAAAUAGCAUUUAAAAGACAAAAAUAAAGGUUGAGCCAUAAAGUGAAAGGUAUAUUCUCUGUACUAUAGACUUUCUUCUUGAGGGUGGUGCAUGUUGUCAGGGUAAGCUACAGAACGUGCAGAUGGUUUUUCAGGGCCCUGCAAUUCCUUGCACAGUUUUUAAGCUGGUGCAUAUGGUGCUUUAUAAUGCAAUUUCUGAAGUAAAAUUACCUUAUGCUGCACCCCCUUCCCCUUAUGAACACACGCACAAUUUCAGAAUCAUUAUUGUAGCCUCUGGUUUAGCAGUUUCUCCAAGGUGUGGUGAAGUACCAGGAUAAACACUCAAGCUGAGAAGUGUCACCAAAAGGGAUCAUUUUAGCUGACACACGUGAAGGGCCCUGCUCUGAACACUGAAUGACUUCUGCAGUCUCCUGGCAGCGGCGCAGCAGCUCAUCUUCCGUAGCUCUGCGAACACUGGGGGGGAAGCAACGAAAUAUUCAGUGGCUUUAUCAUGGACCUGUGUAGCUAAAUGUUUCUGAAUCUAUGAAAUCCUGUUGUCUUUGGUCAUCAUGCUUUGUCACUGUAAAACCAAUGGAAAGAAAAGAAAGCAUUUUUUAGUCUAAUUUAAGGAGCUGCUUCUUUUAUAGCACAUAAUAUUUCGCUUUGUACUAUAUUUGAUAGUUAAAGAAUAAUUUAGUCCGUAGAAUAACUUUGUUGUAUUUGUACUGUUCAUGAAUGUUACAAGAAAAGUGCUUUACUUUGUUGCCAUAAUUCUCUUGUACUGCUGUAAAAUAUUUUUUCUGCUUUAUGGAAACUUAACUCGAUUCACAUUUUCAGUACAGGGUUUUUUGUGUGUAUGUAUUUUUUUUUGUCAGUAUUCUGAAUGUUUACAUCUGUUCAACAUUAGCCAUUCUAUGCCUUUAUAGGGCAGUAUUACUCCUGCAGUAUAACAGCAAUGUGAAAUCCACUCGUACCUAACAUGCAUGAGAAAUACAGAUUUAUUGGGGAGAUCCCUAUCGUGCAUAGAUAUUUUUUCUAUCCACAUUCAGUGAAGUAAAUACCCUCCUUCAGUCCUCUACCAAAGAAAAUGUUACUCCCACAGGACAAGCUCGGAAAGUGGUUCUCUGAAUCUUCAGAAGGGGGUGUAGUUGGUUUCAGCAAGAUUGCUACAGUUUAAUGCUGUUAUGCUUUGCUUUGUUACCCCACCAGAUGUGACUGGGUGAAACAAGCAUUUUAGCAAUUUUUUGUGUUUCAAGACAGUGUUUUGUUUAGAAUUCAGGGAUCAUGCUUUCUUUAAUGGUGCUGUUUGUUUUAUUAUUUUUUUUAAGAAAACAACCUUUUGUUGCCUACAGAAAUGACCAUUCACAAAACCAUAAAUUAAAUAAAAUAAUUUGUCUUCAUAACUUUUCUCCCUUUCCUUUCCCCCUUCCCUGUCCCUUGAAAAUAACAACUUGGGCUUCAAUAUUAAAAUAGUCUCGAAAAGAAAAUAAAGAGAUAAAAUAAUA